GGUAUGACUGUCCUGCUGACAGGGACGAAAUAUAAACACACCCUUUCAGUUCCCUGUGCUAACCAAAAUCAAACCUUCACUUUCGGAAUGGCGGUCAGUUCCACUCAAUAAUGGAUCAACGCUCGAAGUCAGAAGCUGUGUCACCAAUAAAACUACUUAGACUAUUUGAGGAAGCUCCCGAACAAGCUGAACGGGCUAGAGGCCUAAAACACCCAAGAAGACAGUUUGCACCCCUAGUUUUACUGCCAGGUGAGACAUUAAUUCUGCAACAGGAGAAUGUAACUUGUGUUGGCACUCUGACUAAUCUUGCAACUGGAGUGUUGUAUCUCAGCUGUUACCGUCUUGUAUUCAAAGGAACAUUUUUCCAGGAUUCUAGUAUUGAAGUCUCUGGAAGUAAGGUUGACCAAGAGGAGAUUGCAAGGCGAGGAUAUAAAUAUCAGAAGAAACGCUAUGAAUUACCUAAAGUGAAUCAGCAUAUCAAGAAAAUUCAUUCAAAGAUUGGACAAUCUGUCAGAAAAGGGGGAAAAUUAAUUCAAGCCUCCAUAAAGAAAAAAAGGGGGAAUUUCCUGUUCAAUCAAUAUGCUUUGGAGAAUGAUGACAUUGGCGAUGACAUCGAGUCCCAGGCAGCCGUCAAUCUUCUUGGAAUGAGGAUUGGCACCCAUUUGGCCAUUCAGGAAUUCGGUAUAAAUGACUCAGACACAAAUGGUGGUGCUGUAGCAGACAGCCUUGAAAAUGUUUUGAUAUCGUUACCCAUUGUUAGUAUCCAUGACGUCAAGAAGUUCCCCAAACAAUACCUGGAAAAGGAGAAGCUGAGGAUGCUGCGAGAUGGCAUAGAAGUCACGUGCAACAACUUAACAUCCGUCAAGCUUUGCAUCGGUGGAUCUGAUAAUUAUGACGCUGAAGAAUUGUUACAAGUUUUAGAGAAGCAUUGCUGUCCACAGGGCAGAGCUGCAGCAUUCGCAUAUUCGUAUUCGGCAAAUCUUAAACUGCCAUCAUCUUGCCGCUCGAUUUUGACUAACAAGUCUCCUCAAAAUUUUUACAAAUUUGACGAUGAAGUAAAGAGACUCAAGUUAGACACUGGGAACAAUGUAGUAACAGUUGACCAAAGUUUUUGCCCUCGAUAUCCCAGAAGAGUGGUUGUUCCUUUAUGUGUCAGAGAAAGAGAUGCAUUGAGAGAAAUAGCUGAUUACCAUUGCAACAACUGUUUUCCGAUUGUAACAUGGCGCUGUCCCAGGUCUAGUGGUUUUUUGCUUCGAAGUGCUAUCCCUAGAACAGCGAGGGGUCUGUCAGAUCAACGUUGCCAAGCAGAUGAAAAGUAUAUUGGUGCAUUGGCACAUUUUGCUAAAAAUCGAGAUACAAAUGUCUGGGUGUUCACUGAACGGGGCAGAGUUAUUGGACCAUCGGCAAAUAACAACCAAAGUAGUUUAUCAAUGGCUGAAGGGGAAGCUUAUUACUAUCCACAUUGUUCAUUCGUUUUCGAUGAUAACUUGCCAGAUGUACAAACCGUCCAACAAAACGGUAUUCGUUUGAUGCACGCCCUUUCCAACAAAACGGAUGAAAGCAAAUAUCUGUCUCAGUUAGAAGAGUCUGGUUGGUUGGAGAAUAUCCGAAGGUUACUCGAGAUUUCUACCGCAAUCGCUUCUGAGAUUGAAAAUGAAGGCUCUGCUGUUGUCGUUGCCUAUGACGAUGGAGUCGACAGGACAUCUCAGAUUGUCAGCCUCGUCCAAUUACUGCUCGAUCCUUUUUAUCGCACACUAGAUGGUUUUCAGGUAUUAAUUCAGAAAGAAUGGUUAUCAGUGAAGCAUCCUUUCAUGGCAAGAAACCUGUCAACGGGAUUUGUUGAUGACAACCUCAGCCCAAUAUUUUUACAAUUCCUUGACUGUGUCUGGCAACUUUGCCAUCAGUUUCCAGUAGUUUUCCAGUUUAAUGAGAACCUUCUCCAGACACUGGCAACACACUCUUACUCUGGACGAUUUGGUACUUUUCUCGACUUCGAGAAAAGUAAGUUAUCGCAGAUCGAGCCGAUAUCAUUUUGGACAUGGCUGAAUGUUGUCAUCAUGGCAAGGGAUGACUUCGUUAACCCUAUCUACGAAGAAGAAGAAAAUUCUGGGCCCAUUUAUCCGGUUGCUGCAGCUCCAUGGUUAGAACUUUGGAGUUGGUAUACUCGCUACAGAACUGAGGAAAGCCUUGCUCUUGCUGAAAAUGUUGCUUAUAUGCAAAUGGAAAAGCGACAAAAAGAAUUUAAGGAGCGGCUCGCAGAGCACCACUUACUGUUGUCGGAAUAUUCAAAGCUUGAUGAAGCAACUGCGGAUCAGUAUGCAUUUCACACACGGUCCAUUGGAAGCAUAUUACAUAAAAGAACUGAAUCAUGUGCAACUAAUUAUUCGUAUCAUCUGGAGAAUACUGAAGAAACAAAACCGAGAAACAUUUUAUCCUCUUUUUUCGCAAAGAAAGCAAAAUCGUAUGAGAACCUCAAUUCAUUGGGAAGCAAAGAUAAGAUUGGGAAAAGUACUUUUUACGAUGGAAAUGAUUUCCAAGAAGAAGACAAAAUGAAAGUGCGAACGUUUCCUAGACAAGGGUUGAUUGGGAGGAAUCCAACGAAUUUCAGGACAGCUUUAGAAAACAAAGGCAUUGAUUACGUCAAAGUUAUAGAAGUCAAAGUCACAGAACACACUUGUAGUGGAUACCUUCGUAAGCAAGGAUUGAUUAGAAAAUCGUGGCACCAGAGAUGGUUUGUUUUGGAUGUAAGAAAAGGCUGUGUAGCUUAUUUUGAAGAUCAUGUAUCUGAUCAGCCAAAGGGAGUUUUCAAGUGUAUGCUUAUUACUCAAGUUUAUCCCAACACCAAUCAAGAAAAACAUCAAAACUUGUUCUAUAUAGACACUACAGAAAGACGAUAUCCAGUUGAGGCGCCUAACAGUCAUGCCAUGAACGUAUGGCUUGCUUGUUUCCAGUCUCUUUUGUGACGUAACUGAAUUUUUCAAACUUGGAAGAAAUCCUACGCUGAAAAUCAGCAGGGACAUUUAGAUUUAAAAUAAAUUUAAAUAAAUCAAUGACUUCACGUUGUUUGCACUAGAGCUAAUGGGGAAAAUGUUUUUAUUGCAUUGGGUCGUAUAUUGUCACCUUUUGGUAUUGAUAGAAAUGCCAUUCGGGAAACGCUUAAAGGUUUGUUAAAGGGGUGUUUUCACAGAACUUUGUACGAGUAAGCAGUUGUUUGUGGAUCUUUGGGUAAGAUAGGAUAGAUAUUCGGUAUCUUGUUGAAUGGGCCAACUAGAUUUAAGGGCUUGCAUUUAGGUAGAUCAACAGGUUUUCAAUAUCAGAAAUCCUAACUGAUAACAGA